AUGCUCAUUUCGGCUAACGGCACUAAUUAUAGAUUGGAUGCCAUCGAUGAAACGAGCGAACAUCGACCACCCAUGGCGACAACCGCACGAAAUUCCGACGAAAAUUCCUCCUCAUCCUCAAAGAUUGAAAGCGGAAAAGGUGAAACAUUAUUCACGGAAGAUUCGGACGAUGUGAUUGCUCCGUUAGCGGUAACCGAAUACGAGAAUGCCCAACACGAUUACAUACCGGCACCAACUGAAGCAGCUCCAACACCAAUCAUUUUCGCAUUAUCUGAUGAGGACAGCGAGCCCCAAAAUAAUCUCAAUAAUGCUCAACCAGAAAUUCAUUACCAACAAAAUAAGACUGAAAGCUUAAAAGAUGAAUUAAUGAUGCCGGAUGCUAAUGAUUGUUUGAAUACAACGAGAGAGAAUUUCGAAGAAAUGCUAAAUAGCAAAAAAACAAAAACAGCGGAUGGUAUUGAUGAAGAAGCGAACCACCAUAUCGAGAGUGAUUACGAAACGAACGACAGCGAAGCAAAUCCGAUAAAGAAUAAUGAAAAAGAUGAUGAACAAAUCAUCGAUGUGUUACCUGUACCUGAAAUUCAACCCCCACCUGUACCUGAAAUUCAACCCCCACCUGUACCUAAAAUUCAACCCCCAGCUAAGUAUGCUGAUGUAGAGGAACAACAUGCAGAUACUGAAAUAGGCCAACAACAGAUAACAUCCUUGAACUUGGAUGAAGAUGAUAACAAUAUCGAUGAGUUGAUUGCCAAUAGCAAUCGCAGACAAAAUCCAACCAAUAACAGUCAUCAGAGCAAUAUAUCGCUGUCGCCUCAAACAGAUAUUCCGCAUCAAACAAAUGGACAGAAGUUGGUCAUUCCCAUUGAGCCUACUCCACUACAAGCUUCCAGCAUACGUAAUCGGCGAAGUUUUGCACUAAACGAACGCAACGGGUCACCAACACUCUCUACAAUAUCCAAGGUUUCGAGACACUUUCCGAAACGAUCACGCACCAUUUCACCAAGUACUGGUGACAGCGCAGUUUCGUCCAGACAAGAAACGCGCGGAUCAUUAAUUCCAUCGGUGUCGCGUUCAUCUGGAUCACGGCUCACCAAUCGAUCGUUCGCGAAAAGUCGGAAAGUUGCAGCAGCAAAUCCAUUUUUACGCCGAUCACGAGGCGCACAAGGAGGGGUGGUGAGUCGAAACAGUGCGGUUAGUCCAGUUGCUUGGAAGCCGUGGGCGAAGUCAUCAAAACCUUUUUCGGACAAUCCUGGUUUUCUGGAUAAUGAUUAA